AUGCAGAGGUUAUGGAUGCAGAAGCAAAAUGGUUUGAGUUGGGAUUUGGACAUAUUCCCAAGUAUCAGAAGGGAAAUAGAGGAUUUGAAAGAAUUGCAAAGAUUUUGGGUACCUUAUGUGAGUGGUUACAAAGAAUUUGAAGUGUUCUCAGGAAAUGAGAGCUAUGGGUAUAACAUCCAUCCACUCAAUGACAGUUUUGAGUGGCCACAUGUUGAAGGACUUCAUACUAUUUUGCCUCCAUUAAAGAGGAGGUUACCUGGCAGGCUAUGUGUCAAAAGGAAAAGAGAUCAGGCAGAAAGAGAGCUAAGUGGGCACACAAGGCAUAUUGUGUCAAGGGCAGACAUUCCUCUAAGAUGUACCAUUUGCCACCAAAUUGGCCACAACAAAGCCACAUGCCCAAGUAAGCCAAAUCCAACUCUAACCACAGCAUGUCCAAGUCAUUCAACUCCAUAUUCAAGCACAGCAGGGCCAAGUCAUGUAAAGAAGGCUCUUGUGAAGAAGGUUCUUGUGAAGAAGGGUCAUGUGAAGAGAAGUCCUAUGAAGAAGGUUCCUUUGAAUGAUGCUGGUAGGGUGAGAAAGUUUUCAGAAAGAAUCACCGAAAUUGGUCUUCAAAAAAAUGUUAAAGUCAAGGAUGGAACUGGAUGCAGCCAAGACAAACUUGUGACCUUAGAGUAA